CUUUGGGUGUCAGCCGCUUUGUAAUUUUUUAUUGUGAUAAAUAUAGAAUUAAUCAGUGAUAUCGUCGUGUAAGUGAAUAGAACAUGGUUUAAUUAACAAGUGAUGAGUUUACUAUCGUGGUGUUUCGCGUAUUGUGUGUAAAAGACAGCUUCUUCCGCCAUGACAAUGGUUCACUUGGCCAGGAAGUGCUCCGUAACAUUUGCGCUUUAUUUUGGCUGUAUUGCAUUAUGUUAUCCGGUUUUGGGUCAAGAUGCACCAGAGAUCUUCGACAUAUCAUCGCGUGGUGCACUCGGCAACCAGUCGAACGUCAGCUGCAGCAUGUCACCGAACGAGGCUGAAGUGGACUGGCUGUUCAACGGGGAACCUGUCGUUUUUGGCGAAAGAAUAAAACAAUACAUUGAAGAGAGGCUUUUACACAAAAAGGAUUUAGAUGGCAAUCAAAAGAAGUAUAAAUUAGUUAACAUUACAAUCGCAAAUACGACAGCAGACGACGACGGGAACUUCACAUGUAUUGCCAAACUAGGGGAGAAGAGGUCGGAUAAAGUGGUCGUAUUAGAUCUUAGCUUUCCCGGCAAAUUGGUAAGGAAUACCCCUGGGCCCAUCAAACAGAAUGUCUCCGACCAGGCUAACGUCACCAUGGAAUGCGUUUUCGAAGUUUUUAAACCUGGCGAAGUGAAGUGGUGGAAACGAGGUAAAGAUGACGAGAUAACAGAGCUCACAACAAAACCCCCGAGUAAAAUUGGUCUCAAACAAAUACAGAGUAACUACGACCUCCAUAUACGGAGUCCUGAAGAUAAUGGCACAUAUGUCUGCCAAAUAUUUGAUACUGUCACCUCUACUAACAUUUCGGGAAACGUAGACAUUAUAGUGUACGCCCCACCACAAGUUCUCGUCGAUACUGUUAUACCGAUCAGCGCGUCUCAACUGUUCCUUAAUUGGACAGUUCGAUCUUACAACUCGCCAAUCAAAACCUACAAUCUUAUGUACCGGAAACUGCCGUCCACAGACUUCAGUCUGUACACAAGAGAAAAGAUCGGAGUUAAGAACAUUUCCUUCGUAAUGGAAGGUCUGGAAAAGUCUACGAAGUACCAGCUCAAGUUAGAAGUGACCACGAUGCACGGGCAGAGCAAACCGCAUAUAUACGAGUCGACCGUGCGGACCCUGGAUAAAGAUCCUAUUUUUGUGCCAAAUAUUGCUAUUAAUGGUUUCUCCGCAACAUCAGUGACGAUAGGCUGGGCUCCUCCACCGGAAGAUAUUGCAGAAUUGAUACAUUAUUACCUUCUAGAGGCGAGGAAAAUGGAUGAAGUGGCACCAAGAAGAGCUUACCACUCCAGGGAUAGUCGGAAUUUACCCUAUAUGUUUGAUAAUCUGGAACCCCACAGCACUUAUGUAUUUCGGGUGUGCGCAUGCUCCGACUUCACCAAGCGCUGCGGGAACUGGUCCAGCGAGAUGCAAGCUGCGACCCUGGACGGUAUCCCGGGAAGGCCGGCCAACGUCAGCGUGCACUGCGCAAGCAGUUGGAUAAACCUCACCUGGCAGCCGCCCAUCAAGCCAAACGCGGAGAUCAAGGGAUACACGAUGGAAUUAACUGGUAACGCAACGUACAGGGACAGAUAUGGUACAAUCAAGGAAGCUAUGUGGGGACCGCUCACCAAGUUCAAAACAAAUGAUUCUAGGAGUGUCAGAUUCGAAGACCUGCAACCGAACACGAACUACACGGUGCGUCUCAGCGCAAUGACUCGAACCCGGCGCCGCGGAGAGGAAGAAACUAGGUACUGCUCCACUGAACCGGCGCCGCCGGAUUCCCCGCCACGACCACGGUGGAGGAAGAUAUUGGAAAAUGAUAGAUACAUGUUCACUAUGUAUCUGCCGAGGAUUUCAGAACGGAAUGGACCUAUCUGCUGUUACAGAGUGUACUUGGUGAGGCUAUUGCCCCAUUCGGAUUGGACAAACUUGCCCCCAGCUCGAGAUAUUAGCGUGUUACAGUAUGAAGAGGCACAUGCAGUCCAACCUACACUAGGGGCAUAUAUUACUGAUGUGUUUUCCAACGACAGAUUCCCCUCCGACUCCGAAGUGAUACUCGGCGACGGCAAAUCGAUCUACGACAAAGAGGACCCGGCCCUAACGCGGCCAUCUUGCAAGCGGUGUCUGCGCAAACCGCGCAAGCCGUUAGACGCGCCCGUGGUCCCCCCCCGUGCGCCCACGACCGCGCCCACGACCACGUCCGCGCCCACGACCAGGGAUGAAUUAUUUGAUGAUGAAGUGGAUACGACCGCGGAUCCCGAUGAGGAGAGGCGCGAGAGGAGGUCCUAUGUGGAGGUUGAUAGAGAUUACAUGAAGAACCCGAUGAUGAUGGACAAGCUCGUGGAUGAGGAGCAGGAUUGGGAGGAAGUCAUAGUUAAAGAUGGCCAUUUGGACCCAGCAGCAAAUUACACGUUAUUUGUGGAAUUGAUACCUGGCAGUGAACAAGACGAGCCGAUUUACAGCGAAUACGUGAAUGUACUUAUGCCGGCCGCAACCCCGCGACCCUCCACGCACAAUACGUCACUCGAAAUCGCGUUACUGGCAACGUGCGCAGUGGCCGGGUUAGUAGUGGCCGUGAUGGUGGGCGUGUGCGUUGCGCAGGCGCGGUCAUCGCGUAAGCUGCCGCACGCACAUCUUGAGAUGAACCCGCUGCAGGCUGCGCUGAGAUACGUAGUGGGUCACAUAGGGCGGCAGCAGCUCGGUGGUGUGGCACCACCCGAUAUGCCGCCAAUACCAAUAGACCAACUACCAGCGGCAUAUGCUGAACGACAGGCCGACUCGGAUUACGGCUUCCAGAAGGAAUUUGAGUUGUUGCAGAUGCUGCCCGAGUGUUUCCCGGAUCGCACGACACACGCGUCUGAAGCCCGGGAAAACCAGGCUAAGAAUAGAUACCCGGAUAUCAAGGCGUAUGACCAGACCCGGGUCAAACUGAGCCCCAUAGAUGGAGUGCCGGGAAGCGAUUAUAUCAACGCUAAUUACGUUAUGGGGUAUAAGGAGCGCAAAAAGUUCAUCUGCGCACAAGGCCCCACUGACACAACCGUAAACGACUUCUGGCGCAUGAUCUGGGAGCACGGCCUGGAGCUGAUUGUGAUGCUGACCAACCUCGAGGAGUACAGCAAGGUGAAGUGCAGCAAGUACUGGCCGGAUGAGGUGCGGGGGACCAGGGCCUUUGGGGCGAUCACAGUUCACCAUGUUUCGGAGAAACGGUAUUCCGAUUACAUCGUGAGGGAGUUGAGAAUAUCGAAGCAACCAUUAAAUUCAGACGGACAGCCUAUUUCGGAAAACAAUGGAGUCGCUAAACGGAAUGGAGAUUGUGGUGGGGGUGAAGUGAGUGCACCCACAUCACCACAGACCAAGGGUGAGAGCCGACUGGUGAAGCAGUACCACUUCCUGAUGUGGAAGGACUUCGCCGCGCCUGAGCAUCCGCACUCGAUACUCAAGUUUAUCAAGCGCGUGAACGAGGCGUGGUCGUGUGGGGUGUGCCGCUCGGUGGUGGUGCACUGCUCGGCGGGCGUGGGGCGCACGGGCACGCUGGUGGCGCUGGACUGGCUGCUCGAGCAGCUGCGCGACGCGGCCGCCGUCGCCGUGUUCGCGUGCGUGGCCGAGCUGCGCGCGCAGCGCAACUUCCUCGUGCAGUCGCUGAAACAAUACGUGUUCGUGUACCGUGCACUAGUGGAGUACGCGCAUUACGGAGAUACAGAGAUACCGGCGUCCAAACUGAAGAGCACUAUCGACAGACUGCGCAGCACACCAGAGGGAAGUGAUAAGAGUUUAAUGGAGAUGGAGUUUGAGAAGCUGAUCUCCCCCCCACUAUCGGAAGCGGGCAAAUCGUGCGCAGCGGGGGGUGGUGACGAAGUGCGCGCGCGCAACCGUUCGCCGGACCGCCUGCCGUACGACCGCAACCGUGUCAUACUCGCACCGCUGCCCAACAGGGACUACUCGACUUACAUCAAUGCGUCCUUUAUUGAGGGAUACGACAACUCGGAAGGCUUCAUCAUCACGCAGGACCCUCUACCGAACACUAUCAUGGACUUCUGGCGAAUGGUUUCUGAACAUAACGUGUCUACCAUUGUUAUGCUUAGUGAGUUGGGCGAAGGCAAGUGCCCGCGCUACUGGGACGACGGCACCGUGCAGUACGAGCACAUCGCGGUCGAGUACGAGGAGAGCGAGUCGUGCCCGUACUACACGCGGCGGCACUUCACCGUCACCAACAGCAAGAGUGGCGAGUGGUGUUCCGUCCGACAGCUCCAAUACCACGGCUGGCCGACAGCCGCGGGCCACGUGCCCGAGGUGACGCGUGGGCUGUGUGAACUGGCCGAACUUGCGGCGCCCUGCCCGUCGCCCUCCGCGCCCCCGACGGCGCCCUCGCGCCCCGUGCUCGUGCACUGCCAGUUGGGAACAGAGCGUUCGGCGCUAUUUGUUGCUCUGUGCGUGCUCACGUGGCAACUGCGUCUUGAACGGCGCGUCGAUGUUAGUUGCGUCGCGCGGAAACUGCGCGCACAGCGAGCGCACACUAUCGACACCGUGCUGCAAUACGAAUUCCUCCACCGAGCCAUACUGAACUACGCGGAGUUACACAAUCUACUCGACGACAGCUAAACACCAUAAACUUCUAGAGGUUUAAUAAUAACACGUCCAUAACUUUACUGGCAAGUUUCUGUGUCACUCAACAAUUAUUCUGAAAAAUCACAAAAAUAUAUAAUCUAAAUUUAUUAAAUUCACACAAGAUAAUAACUUCAUUUUGACAUUGUUACACUUACACUAACACUUGAAAUGACACCUAAAUUAGUGUCAAAGUGUAUGAUUUCUCAUUAGUUACAUUUAUCGGUAGAAGCAAUGAAUAAUCACGAAAAAAGUGUUUAAAGUAAAUUGUGACACACAUAACAAGAUAAUUAAAUUUUGGUGUUGUUUAAAAAAGUGGUUUCAUGGAACUUUUAUAAAAAUGUGUGUUUAGGAACCAUAUAGGUCAUUCUAUUUUAGGGGUUUUAUAUAAUCAAGUAUAUAUAUUUUAUAUGGAUUUGAAAUAUGUGACACAGCAACUUCACAGUGAAUAUGGCGACUAGUGCGAAGUUCGUGCAAAAACAACUAGAAUAUUCUAUGGAACAAUUUGUACUGACUAUUUUAGACUCUCCACUCACUGACGAUAAAUUAUUUUGGUACACGUGUAUCUAAGGAAUAAACGUUAAAAAUAAAGUAUCACCCGUGUCAGAAAAGGAUAGACAUAUAAAACGACCGCCUGCUGUCUGGCUUGCACUUUCGAUUCCUAAACUUCGGGUAUAGUCAGUGGGUAUUUAAAAAUUAUUAAAUUAUUUAAUAUUUGUAUGCACCAAUAUAGCUGAGAUUUACGUACGUUUAGUACAAUCAACAAAAAAAAAUACUUAGGUGCUUUUUUAAUUCCAUUUUUUCGCAGUUUCCCGAAUGUAGCGUAGAUCUGACUUUUUGUUAUGUUUUUUUUAUGUUUAGUUUCGAUAUGACGGUAGGUAAGGCUUCGCCUGUUGACGCUUUGUGUUCGACUUAACGAGCAAAUUAUGAUUAUUUAUAUUGGUAUCAUGCCUGUGGUGUAGUGGCAAUUAUAAUUUGUAGUGAAAUUUAUAUAAAAAAAACUAGCAAACCGGGCGAACUUCGUUUCGCCACCAGAGACACCUUUUCUUUGCUAUAAACCUCACGGAGCCCGAGACUUUUCCAACGAAUGCAAAACCGUGGAAAUCGGUUCGCGCAUUCUGGAGUAAUAGCGUCAGGAAGGAAAAAACGACUUAUUUUUAAUUAGUAGUAGACACUAGACAGUCAAAUACGUAAAGAAUACGAAAUAACAUUAUGGAUAAAUUUUUAGUCAAAUGAUUGACUUACACCUUUUUUUUAAGUGGGGAAAUCUUCCAAAGAUACCCAUGGCCCCAGGGAAAGGUGCCGUGGAUAGCAUACUUUUACAAGUUUGAAUUUAUACAGUAUACCAUGAUAACUUAAUCAUUUAGAUAUUUAUAAAAUUAUAAUUUCCAUUUAUAAGCCCUAGUGUAAACUACCAAUCGUAACAAUGUCCAAAGAGAAGAAAAAAAAUAUUGUAUUUAUUUUUGGUAACGUAGCGGCCAUACAUAGCAUUUUUGUUUGUUUGUUUUCAAUCGAAAUCGUGUUAGGGUUUAUAAAACCUAAGGCCAAAAGUCUACCCCAAGCACAAAUGGCGCGUGCGUACUGCAAAACAUUUGUAAAUAGGCAACAAUCGAAAUAAUUUUAUAUCAAAUGUAUUCGUAAAAUAGUUGACGUGAAUCAAUACAUAAUAAGUGACUAUGAGAGCUAUUAAAAACAUAUUUGGAUGUAAUAUCAAUACAUUUUUGCAUUGUAAAUAACCAUGAAACAAUUACUAAAGUAUGCACGACGCCGGAAGUUUUCGAUGAAUUUUACAUUUUUAGUUUAGUCGUGGUUGAAUUUCGUGAACGCACACUGAAUUCAGUUGACUCAGUUUACUUGACGAAUAUCAAUCUAACAACGUAAGUACAUAUCUUGUAACAAAAUUAUUUGAUAUGUCAAUAAAUACAGCAAGUAUUUUUCUUUAUCACAAAACAUUAAUUUAUAAAAAAAAAAUUCAAUAAAAAUUAAAGUAUAAAAAAUGACGUGCCGAUUUUUGUAUGGGUACCUUUUAUGUUUUGUCCUUGUCGUGUGUACGUUGUUAGAGCGAGAUGGAACUAGUGUGAACUUAGUUAACUAACUUCAGUUUGCGUCAACGGAACCGCCAUUUUAUGACUGUUUAUUAUCUAGCUAGGUAUAGUUUUAAGGUUUUGUACGAAAUAAGCGUAACGUGCAACUGUGAUGUUAUACAUACGGACGGAAGUAUUCAAUUAUAUUAGUUUUUUAAUUAAUAAAUUUUGUUCGUAUUUUUUUGGAAAGGUGUAUAUUAUUUCUGAAUUUUCUUUUGAUAUUUCAGUUAUUGAUUAUAGAUAAAUAUGUUGUGUUCUGUCUUUUCUAUUCUUUUUUUUACUAUUGGAAAGAUACAGUUAAAAUAUUAGUAUGUAAUAUUCUUUUUCUGAUCCCGGUAUAAGUUCACGAUAAUUUUAAGACUAGGUACCUACUAUAAAAAUAAGAAAUUGGUGUCUGUUUUUUCUAGUAAGAGACAACUACACAGUUUAUCAUUUAAAAAUACAUGAUCCAUUUUAAAAGUUUUUUUUAUAAAAUAGCUUAUUAAAUCCACAAAUUAUAAUACCAGAAUAUCGUGUUUACGCAAAUUAAAAAAAAACUAUAUUCUAUAGUCUCGAUGUUAAAUACAGAUUAUACUAAAUGUCUAGAUAGAUUAAAUAUGUCACAGUUUUAAAAAUAGAUCGUAUCACAUGUAAUUUAGUCUAUACCCUUAAUAUCCCGUAAGUAUAUUAUAAUAAGAAUUUUCAUAAUUAGAAAUGUCAAAAAUCUUCUAUAGUAUGCAAACGGGAUACUUUAGUACUAAAAUCUACUAUUUUCUACCGCCUAAGGUCUACAAAUAUCACGGUAGUACAAGUAAAGGAACACAAAUAGAUAGUUUUAUAGGAAAUAUGACAUCGCAGUUGCACUCUAUAAUAAAUAAUAAUGUAUAGACGAUUAUCGUUAGGGAUAUUAUUAUAUACGUUUGAGAUUUUUAUAAAAUAUACAUGAUUUUUUGGUAUUUUUUUGUCAAAAAUCAAUAAAUAUCUACAUAGAGUUUAUGCAAAAAUAUUUUUUUUUUAAGAAAAUUAAGGAAAUAGUCUUUUAAAAGUAUUAGGUUACAUGUUAGGCAGAAAAUAAUAUAUUGUUAAAAAAUCAGUUGAAAAAUAAUUGUCUUAUUUCGACUUCAAACCGUAAAUAUAAUGUAGUUUCUUUAGUCUAUUUAAACAUUAUUAAUAUUUUGUAAAUAUCUCAAAAGUAACAGGCGUCCUCUUGGACACCGGCUUGCGUGUAUCUCUGUGGUAUUAGUAUCGAGGCUUUUUUUUCCUAUUUUUUGUGAUUUACCGCCAUUUUGUUGCGUCAUUAACGUGAAUCGAUGUUGAUUUGCGUAUAAGGGGGAUCUUAUGCAGUAUUACGUGUACUUUUAUACUAUUAAAUGUGUGUCAUAUUGGUAAGCCAAAAAUAUUGUCAGUCUUGUGUCAUAAGUUUAAUGUAAAAUGCGUAAUAGAAACGUCUAAAAAUAUGUUUCUUUUAAAACUCCAAAUAUCUAACUCAAGUUUAUGCUCAAAUCUUUUGACUAUACUUUAUUAAUAUAAACAAAAAGUUCGUAUGGCUAGUAAUUUUUUUUACUCAAUUCGGAUAUCGAAAAAAUAAACACGAUCGGUAUAUACCAUUGAUAUUUUAAUUAUAAAGAUCCCAGCGUUUAAAAUUUAAGGUUUGAAAAUGAUCUCUUAAAAUUGUGUUCACAUGACCACGGGAUGCAAGCGGGCCAAAAGUGCGACUGACAGUGUGUAUUAGCUUAUAUUUAAAGUACGCUGUAGGUAUGUUACGAGUUUUUUAUGAAAAAUUAGUGUGUAAGUUAGUUUUCAUACGAUACAGCGGGGUUGCGUGUAAUGGAAUGCGUUUUGGCCUAAAAAUUAACAAAAAAUCAAACAAAAUAAAUUUUACGAAAAAAUACUCAAUUGGCGAUGAAAAUCUAUCUUACCCACCUAAUAAUAUGUAAAUAUGUUUAGUAUACAUUGGAGCGUUCCAUUCGACGCAAUGUCGUUAUUUAGGAGUUCAAAUUAAUACACAGAACACAAUGCUUGUAUUGAAUGUAUGUUUCCGCGCUUUUCUUGUGCAGUAUCUAUGACAAUUAUAAAAAAAAUUGGUGUCUAUGACCUGUAUUAGAUUAAAAAAAACUAAGCGUUUCAGUGUCUAUGUUAAUUGUUCGAAUUCUAUUUUCAUCGCGGGAUUUGAAUUGUUGUCGAUGGUCGACUUUUUUCUAUUUAUAGUUGCCACAGAUAUUGUAGAAUCAAUGUAUUUCUAGUCUUUAAAUCUGCUGCCAAUUUUGACUUAAGUUGUAACACGAACGGAUCAACUGCCAGUUUUUUGUAUUCUUUUUUUUAAAUAUAAAAACGAUUAUAUAAGAUAAAAUAAACCGUUUCUGAGAUAAAUAACAUUAAAAAGGAACAAUAAAAAUCUACAUAUUUGUAUACAUGUGUUUUUGGGUAAAAUUUAAAGAGAAUUUUGAGAAGAGGCAUUUCAAAUAUUAUGUUCAUAUUAAUCUUUUUUAGUAUGUUAUUAUACAAAUCCAACAAUUUCCACAAAUGUACGGAAUGGUAUCAACUUUUACGCGUGUUUAAAACUAUAUCUUACUAUCUAUAUUCUUAAAUAACACAUCUAUGCUUGUAUUCUUUAGUUUAUAAACUAAUGUUUUUGACAAAAAGUGCUCGCUAUUGUAAAUAUAUAAUAGGUAGUACCGCGCACACGGCUCGACUUGUAGAUUUUAUAUAAUUGUAUUCAACGCAGCUCUAAUGAAAUAUUUAAUAUUAAGUUAUGUUUUUAUUUUUGUAAAUAGAUAUGCAGGUCAUGUAAUAUGAUAUUUUUGA